AUGUUUGGUUUUCACGACCAGCCGCAAGGAGCAAGGGCCUGGGACGUAAACUGUGGUAUAUAUAGUGUUCUUCCCUACAGAACUCAACAUCAAUAUGCUAGAAAUACAACGAAUGAAGAAAGCAAGAAAGCACCUACGAGAGAACUUGGGGAACAGCAACAGGCUUUAAAGAACACAUCCGAUUCGCUCCACGGAGCCUGCUCCCCGAGCCCCCCCAAAUCCCGAACGGCCCUCGAGAUCACGCUGAGUUGGGAGCAGAAAUGGGAGUGCAGGCCCAUCCUGCAACUCAUCACUAGAGUUCCGAUAAUUCUUCUCCGAACGCAUAAUUCGACGCACGCAGCUCUGGCGGGAUCGCUGUUCCAUGUCCAGCCUCAUCCAUACAGUGGGCUAUGGCAGUCAGAGCAUGAGAGUUUCGCAAUUCAAACAGACACUUCAGGGGAUAGGGAUAUUAGCAAUGAGCUGAAGAAAGGCUUGAGUCAAUCAUACCAAAGCAAAUUCAACCAGUGUGGUAUGGAGUUCAGGCCGUACCUGAAGACACUCCAUAACUUCACGCCGAUUGGUAUGUUCAUGAUGCAAAAUAAAUAA